GCCGCGAUUGGAUUACGUGUGUUGUGUUAAAAAAAUUCGUUCGCCGUCACAUGUAAGCACGAUGGAUGUUCUUCCUAGCGGUAACCUAUUCCGCGAGCUGCAGGAUGUCACUGACACCGGUUAUUUCGAAUGGAAGCUGUCACUCGAAGAUUACUGGCAACAGACAUGUUACGAAAUGGAGCGGUACCUCCGAGAGGAGCCACGUGGGAAGCGCAGGGAGCCGGCGCAAGAAGAGGAAUGGGCGAGAUCAGCUACUAGUUCACCUCCAACACCGCCAUCUCCACAGUCGCCAAGAAUCCUCACUGUCACAGCAGUGAAGAGCGAACCGCCUAGCGAUUCUGAUGAACCAAGAGAUGAGGCGCCGGUUGCGGCGCCUGUUCGACGUCAUGUGCCACGUCAUCAUCCGCACCCACACGCCACCGACCCCAGGCGUCGCGUGCACAGAUGCGAAUUCCCGGCCUGUGAUAAGGUUUACACCAAGAGUUCGCAUCUUAAAGCGCACAAACGGACACACACAGGGGAGAAGCCGUACAAAUGCUCCUGGGAGGGAUGUGAAUGGCGAUUCGCGCGAUCCGACGAGCUGACUAGACAUUAUCGUAAACACACAGGCGCGAAACCAUUCCGCUGCCGCCACUGCGAGCGCUGCUUUUCACGCUCUGAUCAUUUAGCGCUUCAUGCGAAAAGGCAUGCGUAGCCCGAGGAUCAAACACCCACUCCCAGGAAAAGAGGCAAUCGGAACAAACGUUCUGAAAAACUGCCUAAAGAUGGGAAUGUACACUAAAAUGUGAUCGUGUACAUACAGGUGCGCGCCUCUUAUUUAAAUAUGUGUGAUUCCAUUUGUAGAUUUUGUGCGUUGUGAUCUUACGGCAUUGAACGUUAAGAUUGCGCGUAGCGUUCGUUUCCGCUUAGUGUCGUUAUGUUCGUUGCGAGACGCGCGCCUGGGGAGUGGGUGUUCGCAAAGCGUUGCAAGCCAAAGAAAAUGUCGCUACGUAUGUAGCCGAGUCAACACUCAUUGCACCUAAUGCUUUAACGUUAUUUUUAUUUCAUUAUUUUAAUCGACGAUAAAUUUUUAAAAUCUCUUUAAUGUUUCGGCCUCUAUUGUUGCGGUUCUUUGUUGCAAUAAGAGAACGAUUUAUAUUUGCCGUUGUUUAUUAUGUAAAAGAUUUUUUGUAAGCUUUGUGUACAGAGAGUUUUUUUUUAUGUCGGCCGGUCGCAAAGCGGCUGCUUGUCGAUAGUUGUGCCAUCGUUCGCGGGGCAAGCGGGCGCGGCGUCCGUGCGCACGCGACGCUCCCGCGCAUCUUUCCGUCAACCUGCAUUUGAAAACAUGUGACAUAAUUAUUAUUUAUUGAUUCGCGGGAUGUUGGGCAGAUAUUCCCACCGACGCCUAGCACAACCUUUUGUUAGUUGUAAACUUAGUAGGAUGUGCGUCGCGCGUUACCUGAUGUUACGUCAAUUUCUCGAAACAGUUACUGUAGACAAUCUUACGCAACUAAUCAAAUGCAUCAAUUGUUGAAGAAAGCGAUUAACAGUUAACAUAAUAUUACUGUUGUCUCAAUUAAUCCCAAUUGUGCUGAUUUAUUAUGUCGAAAAGCGAUUGUUUCUAGAAAUUGACUUAUAUUAAUUUUAUAUGAUGUUUAUUUUUAAGAUGUUCAUACAUUGCGAUUUAUUUACUUUAAGCUUUCUCCUUUACUCUCUCAUUCCGUUCGUGUAAGCUGUAUAAUGCUGCGUCUUGGCGUCUUCGAUGCCACGAGGAAACGUUCUAUGCGUUUGUUCUCUGCGUAAAUGUAUUAAAAAAUCUCCAACGCAACGCCCUUACACACGUAGUAUUAGUUUUUAAAUAAUAAUUUAAUUGAUUAUUAUCAGAGGUGUCGCUAAGUGUCAUUCGAUAGGUGUCGUUGAUGUUUAAAAUAAACAAGUUGAUUCUAAAACACAGUCGCUGUUUUUAGUGAUGUAAGCUAUUUAUCUAUGGCGUGGUAUAGCCGGUAUAGUUCUUCUUGAUACUUUGAAUGUUGUGCGUUUACUCGAAAUUUUUCGACCCUUAUAUUCCCACUUCUGAUUAGUUUGAUUGAUUAAAACGUUCAAAUUUUAUGAUUUACGCGAACAUUCAAUUGAUAUGAGGAUUUUCGAAAUUGUUAAUAUUAAGCGAUUAUUGCAUGAGCUUACAUAAUUUUGACGUUAAGAUUUCGGAUCUCUUAAGUUGUUACAUAUCAUUUAAAAGCUAUGAAAAUGAAAUUUAAAUUAAUAAUUAUUAAAAUUAAUGCUUUUGUCGUUAGUAAAUUGUUUGUAAUUCAUAAGAUUUUCGUUGUGAUUUAUAAAAUAAAAAUCAUAUUGGUUAGUAAAUUCAAGGCAAAUAAUAUAUAUAUAUAUAUACAUUCGUUAAGACAGUUUUGUAAUCUCGGCAGUUUGUUUGAAAUAAUUUACAGAUACCGAUUGUAGAUAAUUAAGAAAAUUAAUGUGAAAAAAAGCGUAGAAUCCAGCUUACAACCACUUAUUUCUCGCAAAAAUAAAUAUGUAAUGUCGAUAUGAUCUUGAAAUCGUGGCUGAUAACUCUCUUAUUAAUUGAAAUUAGAUAAACAAAGUGGAGUUACACUACGGAUUGGUUAACUAAAACAUUCGAUAUUAUUAUAACACACUGGCAUAUAUUCGGUACACAAAACGCCAUCUAUCGGCGAGUACCGAAAUCAUUUUUUGCAGUUAGUAAGAAAGCGCUUAAUAAUAUGAAAAGUAGAAUACAUUUCAAUAAUGUGAACUUAUUAAAUACUAAUAUCGUAUAAAUGAUUUUUAGGAAUAACAAAACAAAGAUUGCAAAUAAAAAUCAAAACGUUGCAAUUCUCAUCGCAAAAUAUUAUUUAAUGUCAAAAUUAAAGGAAUAAUUUUGUAUACGCGCAUACAUGCAUUAUAAAUCAGUUAGAUAUAUAAAAACUAAUAUUUUUUAUUUUCCUCAAUAUAAAAACCCAUAAAAGUUUAGUGCGUGCAAAAAUG